UAAACUCUGCACUCCACGCGAGCCACAACUCUUACGUCACGUCCGUCCGCCCGCCCGCGCGGUGAUGACGUCACGACCCAGGGCUGGCGUCAGGUGCCCCCCCCCCGCAGGGGGCGGGCGUUGAGGGCGGCGCUUCCGGUUCGCGGAGCCUGGCGGCCAGAGCGGCGGUGGCGGCGGCGACGGCCGAGACGCGGGGAUGGCUGGCGUCGGGAGCGAAGCCCGGUUCGCCGGGCUGUCGCUGGUGCAGCUCAAUGAGCUGCUGGAGGACGAGGGCCAGCUGACAGAGAUGGUGCAGAAGAUGGAGGAGACACAGAAUGUUCAGCUUAACAAAGAAAUGACACUUGCCAGCAACCGGAGCCUGGCAGAAGGAAACCUUCUCUACCAGCCACAGCUGGACACGUUGAAAGCACACUUGACCCAGAAAUACCAGGAACUCCAGGUUCUCUUUGAAACCUAUCAGAUAAAGAAGACCAAAUUAGACAGACAGUCUAGCAGUGCUUCCUUGGAGACCCUGUUAGCACUUCUUCAAGCAGAAGGGGCCAAGAUUGAGGAAGACACUGAGAACAUGGCAGAGAAGUUUCUGGAUGGAGAGCUUCCUCUGGAUUCCUUCAUUGAUGUCUAUCAGAGCAAACGGAAACUGGCCCACAUGCGACGGGUGAAAAUUGAGAAGCUCCAGGAGAUGGUGCUGAAGGGGCAGAGACUCCCACAGGCUUUGGCCCCGCUGCCACCCAGGCUGCCCGAGCAGGCACCUACUGCCCCCCUUCCCUACUCUGCCCCAGAGGCCAGUGGGCCCUCCGCUGUUGCGCCUCGACGCAUCCCCCCCCCACCACCCCCAGUGCCUGCAGUUCGCCUAGCCACCCCGUUCACCACGGCCAUGGCCUCGGGACAGGCUGUGCCGUACCCAGGAUUACAGUGUCCGCCCUUGCCCCCCCGUGUGGGGCUCCCCACUCAGCAAGGAUUCUCUGCACAGUUCGUGUCCCCGUAUCCACCAGCUCUCCCUCAGAGACCCCCGCCCCGGCUGCCUCCGCACCAGCCGGGCUUCAUCCUCCAGUGAGCACCAGAGCCGUCCUUCCUGGGAGACCCUCCGCCUGCUGUGCUGCGCUCUGCAGAUGGGAGGGAGGCUGGAGGUCUGCUCUGUGCCAAGGGCUCCAGGGCCCUGGGCCAGCGUGUCUAUCUGGUUUUAGAACUGUAGGUCAGUGGUGAGUAGUAGAAGCCCAGGUUUUGGGCACCGAGGCAGUUGUGUGUGCCGGGUCGCCGCCUGACACCCGCGCAUCGCAUCGGUUUGCAUUCUCCAUGUGAUGUCUAAGUAUCUUAGUGUUGACGAACUCAUGUUUGGGAAGAGACAAAGCGUCUUCCCUCAUUCCCUUUUAGAAUCGUGGUCCUCCCAUUGCAGCUUUAUUUAAUGAGCAUGGUUCAUGAUACUUAUUUUAUUUUCAAAAACAGUCAUGUGUGUCUCACCCAGUGGCCGCUGCAGCCCUGGUGAGGGUGGGUGGGCGCCAGCCAGCCUGGAAGAGUGCUGUGGCCGGGCUGCCAUCUGCAGCUGUGUUGUUGCUCACUGAAUCUGUUGGGGAGAGGUCAUCACAGUCACCGCCUGACCUGGCUGCUGCUCUUGCUUCAGAGCCACAAGCAAAGUUUGCACUGGGCCCACUGCCGAGUCCAGAGGCUGGAGAAUGGCCACCGGUGUGGGAGGGGACCGCACGAGCGGGACUUUGCACAGCAAAUCGUGUCCCCAGCUGCUUCUCUCCCUCCUGCCUCGAGCCGGCCCCGAAGGUUUCUAUGAAGAAAUAAUCCCCCAAUAUUUUUACUACAUGUGUGAUUUUCCUGUUUUAUAUUGAAAAAGAAAAUUUUUUGACACUCCCAAGACCAUUCAGGGAAAUUUUAUAAAAAAUGCAAAUAUUGUCUUGAGCAGAUUGAAAUGCAGAUGAAGCGGAUGCGAUUUCCUACCCUCGGGUGUCCGUGCUGUGCCUUAGUUCCCCAGGUGCCAGGACUCACACCUGCUAGGGGCUGGGCAGGGCCCCCGGCGGCUCUGCUUUCUCUGAAGGGCUUGUCCAAGUUCAUUGCCCUAUUACAUGUGGUCAAGACGUCCGGCUGCCUUGACCCAGGCUAUCCUUAGCCAGUAUCUUCUGCCCCUGGCUGGCUAGUAGCUGGGCCUCAGGGCGGUGGUGGUAAGGAUUUGGAGAAAGCCCACCCCACGGGAUUGAGGGGCGGGGCUGUGCUCCAACCACCCGGACCUGCUGUUCUCCCCACCCCCGUGGAACCUCAUCUUCACGUGCCACAUGUGCUGAAGGCCUAGGGCCCGGCAGUGGGCAGCGGCAUCUGUUGACAGAAAAGGCCCAGGUGCUUACCCGUGGACCUUCUGGGUCACCCCUCCCCUGUCACUUGUCAGGCAUCUAGGGCCCUGACCUGUGCCUAGCCACCAGGGUGACAAGGCAGAACUGAAGUGGGGUCUGUCCCAGUGGGCCACGGUCCAGGCCACUGCCUUUUGUCCUCAAUGACUACAUUCCUGCUCUCGGACUUGAACUCUACUGUAACCGUUUUCUUAAAGGAAAUGAAGUUGUGUAGGAUGAUUCACUGCCACGCCAGUCAGGCAGGCUUGCCAUGUUCUGUGAAUCUCCAGUGAGCGGUGCCACCCGCCCCAUACCUCCACCACCAGCCGCUGUCAGGGAUGCCACAGCCCAGCCACGGUCGCAGCCAAAUGCGUUGCGAAGGGGCCCCUGGCUGGGCUCGCCGUCGCUGUUCAGGGCCGUGUCCGGUGCUGUGGCUGUAAAGCUGUAGGACCCUUUUUAAUAAAUAGAGAAUUAUUAAUAA